GACCCUCCCGGAUCUCGUUUCUCCUGGACAACUACUUACCGAAGUCUUACUGAAGUCAGUUGGUGAUUAGAAGGCAUGAAUACCGAAUCCCUGGCCGCACCUCCGCUUUUCGUGCCAUCCGAUGCUGGAUCUUCGCAUUGCGUGGCAUUCCUCAAGAAAGUCAACGAGAAAUACGGUCUGGCGUUAGAUUCGUACUUUGACCUCUACCGGUGGUCUACAGACCACAUCGAUUCAUUCUGGGACACUGUGUGGGAUGACGUCGUUAUCGUCGGCCACAAAGGGCAAGACGUCGUCGAUAAUAAUACUGUUCCAGCGACGAACCCUCCAUGGUUCCGCGAAGCUAGGAUUAAUUGGGCUGAGAAUAUGUUGACAUGUCGUUCGGCAGACAAAUUCGCGCUUAUACAAGCAACUGAGCCCACCCCCGAGUGUCCCAAUCCCCCUCAUCAGCGCGUCACAUAUGCCGACCUUUACGCGAUGGUUGCUGACCUGGUUUCAGCCUUGUCAAUGCUCGAUCUGAAACCUGGCGAUCGAGUGGCUUCGUACUCCUCGAAUUGUAUUGAGAAUGUUGUGGCUUGUCUUGCUGCCACUGCCAUAGGGUGCAUCUGGGUAAGUGCAGCAGCAGACUUCGGGACACAGGGAGUAUUAGAACGAUUUGAGCAAGUACAACCUCGAGUGAUUUUUGCGGUUGAUGCCGUCGUGUACAACGGAAAAGUCCACCCUCAUUUGCCAAAGUUGCAAUCUCUUCUUUCUGGACUCUCCGAGCGAUGUUCGCUUAACCCGGUCGUGAUCGUCAUUCAGUCGGGAAGGGAUGCGUCUGAAUGGGACGCCGACUGGGUCUCAUGGAGUACGUUCAUUUUGAAGGGCAAGUCCAGUUCUUUGGGCCGCACUUCUGAAGGAGAAAUCGAGUGGUGUCGUCAAAGCUUUGAUUGGCCGCUGUGGAUACUUUUUAGCUCGGGCACAACAGGUCGCCCCAAACCAAUUGUGCAUCGGGCUGGCGGCAUGCUGUUACAAGCAAAGAAAGAAUUCGUAAUCUGUGCAGAUCUGCGCCCUGAAGACGUGUUUUUUUAUUAUACUACGACAGGAUGGAUGAUGUGGAAUUUCUUAGUAAGCGGUCUUAGCAUCGGGUGUACACUAGUCCUCUACGACGGAAGUCCUCUGAGGGAACCCUCUUAUCUGUGGCAUCUUGUGGAUGAACUGCAAAUAUCAAUUUUUGGAACGAGUGCGAAAUACCUCGAUCAAUUAUCGCGGAUAGGUUACAAGCCUCGCGAUCACCAUAACCUGGCGUGCUUGAGACAUCUUUACUCGACUGGUUCGCCAUUAGCCCAUGCGCUGUUCGACUACGUUUAUGAAUGUAUUCACCCCAACGUGCUUCUCGCGUCCAUAACAGGCGGCACGGACAUUUGUUCUCUCUUUGCCGGAAUAUGUUCUGCGCUGCCGGUACAUCGUGGGGAAAUUCAAUGCCGCAUGCUGGGAAUGGCAAUCGAAACUUUCACUCCUGCAGGGCACAAUUGUCAAGCUGGUGAGGCUGGCGAGUUGGUAUGCGUAAGGCCGUUUCCUUGUAUGCCCAUUGGGUUUUGGCCCCUGCCCGGUUUCGGGACAGACGAGAGUGUCAAGGCUGCAGCAGAGAGGUUCCGUCUAUCCUAUUUUGCUGAAUACCAAGACGUGUGGUAUCACGGGGACCACGUGUUGAUCACACCUUCUCAGCAUGGAAAUGGAGGUGGACUCAUCAUGCUAGGAAGAAGCGAUGGCGUUCUAAAUCCUGGAGGGAUCCGAUUUGGGUCAUCUGAAAUAUAUAACGUCCUUGAGAUAUGCUUCUCGAUUUCUGAAGAACGGAACGCGAACGAUACGAUUGAGGAUGCAUUGGUUGUGGCACAGUCCAUUGAAGGCGGCGUAGAUGAACGCAUGAUCCUGUUCGUUAAGCUUUGUGGCAAGAAGGCGCUAUCAAUAGAAAUGGAGAAGAAGAUUAGAUCGGAAAUAAGAUUACGACGGAGCCCACGCCAUGUUCCUGCUCGAAUAAUCCAAGUCGACGAUAUCCCAUAUACCUUGAAUGGCAAGCGCGUUGAGAUCCCAGUUAAAAAGAUCAUCAAUGGAGCGCAAAUCACCAGUGUGAAUUCCGCUACACUGCGAAAUCCUGAGUGUCUGACUCAGUUUGCAAGCAUCGGAGAGAUGCUCCGAGGAGAGAUGCGAUGAAACGUUGAUCGUAACACAUGUCCAUGCGUUGUACGUUGUUUGUACGGUAGAAAAAAGGAAAAUUCACUUGUGACUAUCCCCGGCA